AUGACGCGUCCCACAGUUUGUAGCUGGGAUCCGCUGCCUUUUGUCUCGCCCACCUCAGCCAACGCGCUCAUCUCGGACGUGCGCCCCACAACUCUCACGCAGCCAACGCUCGCGUUUAUCAAUGCCAUUCUCGACGAGCUCCUGGUCUCCAUCGUCACUGCCGCGCGGUCCAUAAACCCAACAGAUCUUCGGACACGGGGUGUGGCUACCGUCCUGGCUGAACGCGACGAGCCCGACCAUCUGUCCCUCGGCGCCCUAGGACGCGCCGCCGUUGGCGAGGCAGAAGUGGAGAUCCGGUCAUGGUACGAAGGCCAUCCGACAGCAAAUAAAGGCGUCUCCGGGUUCCCCCCUGACGGCGAGGGGACAGGCCUCGCUGUCAGCCGUGAGGCGGACGGCGCAUUCCCCACCCGUGAAGCGGUGGAGCUCAUGCGACUCAAGGUCGCAAUGUUCUCGACCUUUGCGCCACAGUCACCCCCCACAGAGCAGAUAGACGAUGUCCUUGACGCGUGGAUUUUGGUUGGCGGCGACGACGCCGAAGAGACCAUUGCUCCUGCUGGUCUGUGGCUCACGGCCGUUCUUGAGCACAUUUGCGAACACAUCCUGUCCAAAUUGUCCCAGGUGGUCGCGCGCGACUCGUCCUUGACGGCCGCAAGGAUACAGGACCUGUAUACGGCCCUGUGCGAGGAUGACAGCGUCUACACGUUCUUCAAGCGUAUGGGCGCCAAGCCCCAGUUGGAACAGGCGAUCAAGACAGCACCCCAGAACCGGAGCCGAUCCCAACGAGUGACAAGCAUGUACAACAUGUCGGCGCCGCCACGGUCCUCUCCCCCCGCCACGUUGGAGUCCCCAUACGGCUCGCGAACCUCGCUUUCCAAUCCAGCCGCGCACGGUGACCAUCGAAAGCAGGCCAGUGCCACGAGCACGGGCUCGCGACCCUCGAGUGAACAGUUCUAUAAGAAGGGGUCCGCACCUCCGACUGUUGUCACCAACGGCCACAAACGAGCUGGCAGCGUACUCUCCUUGUCAACACGACAAAUUAUUGGCGCCUUUGCCGACACCGACUCAACAGCCGACACGACGAGUAAACAACAGCGGGUCUCCAACGAGCGUGCCUCCAACGACGAGGACUUUGACGCGCUCUUACGCUCUGGAGAAACAAUGCGCGUCUCGCUGACUCCCAGCCGCUUCAGCACCUUUGAGACCUCGCCUACGGCGUCGCCUCCACGGGUUACUGUUGAGCGGACGGUUGGUGCUCAAGGUCACCUCUCAGCGCCUUCAUCGAGCGAGUCGUCGUUGUUGUCUAGCAGCACGCAGGCCAGCACGGUCGAGUCUCAGCGCAUGGGCCCAACCAACCGCCAGACCGCGGGCCGCAGUUGGCAGUCGACUGCAAAGCUCUUGCCUCGUGACGCGACUAUCGAGGAGAAGUCGGAAGAGGAACCCUUUGGCCAGUCGGUGAUGGAGCUUCUCAAGACUGAGCCCAAGACGCCGGUAGCCCCGCAGAUUGCGCAAGUCGCUCGCACCGUCCCUGCUGUGAUCCUCGGCUCGCCCAUCCAGUCGGCUCACAGUGGCUCGUCACCACGCGCCUCUGUCAGCACUCUUCCCAAUGUUGCCUCGAGUCGCAGCGAACAGUCAACACCAGAGCCUCCAUUUCGCUCCCAGCGUGAUGGCAGCGUCGGCGGUGCUGGGGCCGUCCCAGAGGUCGUUGCCAAUGGAACCAAUACGUCCCAGCGUGCACGGCCCGCCCGUAUCGACACUGGUAACCGCAUGUCGGACACCCGCGCCCUCGCACAGUUUCUCAAAACACCCCCUAUCGACCCGCCUCCCCCUGCUCCCGCUGCUGAGGAUGACCUCCCGCCCGUGCUCAAGACCACCAAGAGCAAGAUGUCGUUUAAGAAUAUCAUGUCCAACAUGAAGAAAAGCGGUGCUGCCAAAAAGGAGGAUGGGAGCAAGAAGAGUCUCAAAGCCCCCAGCGCCUCUUCGAGCCUCCGCGCUCCCUCUCCCAGCGGUCCGCUGCGCUCGCAACGGUCGACCAGCAGCUUCACGUCCAACUCGACCGCCAUUCCCUCUGUUGCCGAAGACAAUGUCCCACCAGCCAAGACCAAGCCAAUGGAACUUCUUCGCAAGCCGUCCCUCGUGCGCAAGUGGGCGACACAGGUCACUUCCGAGCCGUCACGUUCGGCCGGCAGGCGACGCGGUAGCCCACGCAGUAUCAAUUCGUCCCUCCCGCCGGUCCAGGACGAUGAAAUUGCGUCGCAGACUUUGACCAGUCCCUCACACCAGUCCCUUGAAGUCAACACUGGUCCUUCGGGUCUCGGUCUGGGAGCGCUCGGUUUUGGCCCAGGUGUUCCAGAGUCGUUCUCAUUCCGCACCAUUGAGGAGGUGGAAUCCGACCCCGAUGUGGGCCAAGACCGCGAGGCGGCACUGGCGCAGCUCACUGCCAAUUCGAGGCAGAACAGCCCCAUUGUGGCUAGGACACCGGAGCUCGAGGAUCUUGUGCACACCAACGGUUCGACGACUGCGCGUGGCAGCAAGGCUGGCAGCGUUCGUGGUUCGCCUCGCCUUAGCCGCAGCAGCUCUCUCCGUGGAUCCUUGCAUCAGGUGCCCAUCGCCUCUCCGGUCCCCGUUCCCUUCACCUCACCUUCGCCUAGUGGGUCGCCGCAACUCCGCAACUCGCCACUCCACCAGCGCGUCCUCGAGUUGGCGCGUGAGGGCGAUGACGCUGCGACAUCGGCUCCCUCCACUAUUGCCGCUCCCGUCGCCCUUGCACCACCGUCCGAGUCUGGAUCGGCGGUCUCGGCUGCCUCGUUCACGUCGGCCACCUCGACGCCGAUGGGAUCGCCCGACCUGGCAACAGUCAAGGCCGUCCCCAGCGUCGCAUCUCCCUACAGCUCGCCUCGGAGUGGCACACGCUCGACCACGGCUGUCUCCCUCUCGGGUGUGUCUACUGCCUCCGUCUCCAAUGCGUCGGCCGCUGAGGGCUACGUCCCUGUGGCGGACCUCGUUCCAUCCGCCACCUUCUGGACAACGCAACCACUCGGUGUUCCACGUACUGCCUUUGGCGGCACCAUUGCGCGUCCCGAGGACCGCGUGGCGGCGUGGCUCCUUGCUGGCCGUGAGGGUCCCGUGGGUGACUUUCGUCCCUCCCACCCGCGCAACCGCAAAAGCGUCGCCUCGAAGCGUUCCAAGCGCCCUGUCUCCCGCCUCAGUCCCGACGUCACGAUGAAGAACCUCCCGGACCUUCCUCCCCCAGCACCUUCUCCUGUGCCUGUUGUCGACGCCGCCGCCGCCGCCGCCGAGCUUCAGGAUGUCACCCUCACGGGCGAGAUCAAGGACGAGGUCGAGGGUAACGCCAACGACGUCAGCACUCAGGUCAGCGGCGACGCACACGGCGUCGCUGGCCCUGUUGUGGACCUUGGUUCGUGCACGUCCCUGCCGACAGUCACGGCCCCCUCGUCCCCCAUCGCCCCGACCUCUGGCAACAAGAUUGACAUUGACGCCGAGGCCCAUGCCGUCGCCGCUGCGGCUGCAGAGGACCGUCUCAACAGCGUGUCGGCCCUCGUGAUCGCUUAG